AUGCGCGUUUUCAUCACGGACUUGGGCUCGUCCUUAUCGACGGAGUUGGCACGGAAUUGUCAAGAUGCUGGUCUUGAAGUCAUCGGUACUGCCGCCCGGGGUGGGAAAUCCGAAAUGACCGCGAUCAAACGCCAAUUGCAGAACCAUCCGGGUAGUGACGUCGCUGGAGCUGUCAAAGAGCCUGUCGCACUACAAACCGAUACGGUAGCAUGGCGUCGACUUGUGCAGCAUGCCGACGUAGUAGUGGUCACCUCGCUGGUAGCCGAUCCGAAGCUGGCCAUGGAGACACUGAAGGUCUUCGAGAAGCGUGAUGCAAAUAAAGGUGACGACGAAGCAAAAGACGACGAGGGUGGCGAAAGCGUCAAACGCUUUAUUGCAGUGUCUUCUGUGCUCUCGUGGAGCAAAAAUUCGCCGUUUGCAGCUUCAGGGACCGAUUCCGGACAUGUUGAGGACGACUUCAAGUCGCGACGCCCUGCACGCAAGUAUACAGACCUCAAAACUGUUGAAACGCUGAUCUUGAGUGCGCAUCGAACCGGAGAACUUGAAACCUGCAUCGUCGGAGCAGGACUAAUUUAUGGCGGUGCUCAAUCCCAACUGCAAUUGAUCUUUCGCGAGGCAUGGUUGCAUCCGGAUCAGCCACUACUGGUGCCAAGUCUCGCCACAUCAGCUCAGCCUACCAGUCAAGGUCGCAAUCUGCUGCCCAUGAUCAGUCUCUAUGAUCUGGCGCUGCUAGUUUUCCGUGUGGCAGCCUCACCGUUACCGUCCCCCAAAAAAUAUCUGCUUGCAGUGGAUAGAGUUAGUGGUAGCACAACGCUUCGUGACGUGUGUCGCGGGGUUAGCACAUUGCUUGCCUCAGGGCGUCUACGCGACCGUGACGACUCGGCUAAUGCUGACGACGCUGAAGCAGACGCACUACUAUUGGACGAAGAGGAGGAGCUUGUGACACCACUUCAGGUCCACUUGCGCUUCGAUACAUCCGCUGGGGCGAUGCAUACGCUGGUGGCUCCAGAAGAAUGGCGCCACUAUUCACGAGGACUACUAGGAAAUCUGGCCUUCUUUGUCGACGACUUCAUUCAUGCCAUGGAUCUGCAUCCACUGCGCACCGUCAUUCUCAGCGCACCUCGAGCGGGUAAAACUUCGCUAAGCCGGAAGCUUGCGAGGGAUUAUUAUCUGCCAUAUCUGUCUCCAUCGACACUACUGCACGAGCUUUUUGCAUCCGAGAAGACCAAUGUCGCCACCCAACUUGAACGUCAAGACGAGGAGACACACAAAUUGCGAGAAGAGUUACAGCAAUGGGUUCCAACUGCUGGUAGCUCCGGCGAAAACACGACUCAACUUCCACAGAGCGCGUUGAUAGCGUUGGUACGCUGGAAGCUUCGGAGUGCUGCAUGCCGUAACCAGGGAUACGUGCUAGACGGGCUACCAAUCUCGGCAACUCAGGCAAAACAAAUCUUCAUGCAGGAGCCCAAUAAAGACAGCAACGCUGACGAAGAAGGUAAUUCUAAUGAGUCUGGAGAUGGUGGAGCCAGCAACCCAAUUGAUGGAGCAGACGGUGGUGAACCAGCAAAUGGAGACGAGAAUGCUAAUGGGGUAGCUGCCGCUCCCGCGGUGGAUAUUGAAGCACUGCUGGCGCGUCUGAAGCCCCGACAGAAUGUCGAAGUACCGAACCGAGUGAUCGUGCUACAAGCUCCUCGAGCACUGCUUGAGAUACGUGCACAAGCGCUGUCAGAAGCUGAGGCCGAGCGCACGGAGAACACCCAAGACGCAUUCGCUCGGCGUUUCGACGAGUUUGAAUCCAACAUUGAAGCCCUGGAGGCAUUCUUCGAGAAGCCGAAGAAGCCAACUGAUGCCAAGGCGGUCCCUGUUGAAGGCGUGGAAGUUCUGGAGCUGACUCUGCGGGACGAGCACGGAUACCGCGAGGAUGAGGCCUUUGUUGUUCCCAUCCAGCGCUACAUGGAGCAAGGUGGUCGAGCACCACGGAAUUUUCAUCCCACGGGGGCAGAAGUGCGCGAACAGCUCCGUGCUGCGGAGAAACAAGCUCGUGAAGCUGAACUUCGUGCUGCGCAACGCACACGUGAGCAGGAUGCCCAAGAUGAGGCCGUCCAGCAGGCAAAAAUCGCUCGGGAACGUGCACGACUUGAACUCCUGCAACGUGAAGAGGCUGAGCUGCUUGAAACACGCGCUAAACCACUAAGAACGUACCUCAUGGACACAGUGUUGCCUGCGCUGACCGAAGGGAUGCUGGAAGUCGUCAAGGUGCAACCCACAGACCCAAUUGAUUACCUGGCAGAGUUCCUCUUUCGUAAAGGUCAGGAGCUAGAUGCGGAGAUAAGCGAAGGGUAGGAGAGAGAACGUGAUGCUUGAAUGAAGUACAAGUGCACAUGCUUUCGUAAUAAACAGCUUUCUAGGGUGCUCGUGAG